UGCGCCAUUUUGCGGUACAGAGCCUCAUUGCUGUCAACUGCGAACCUCGAGCUGAAUUAAACAUCCCCGGUCCUGCGUCACCGGGAUGGACUCAUAUCAAGCCACAUUUCCCGACUUAUCAGAAGAUUACAACGCCUUCUUCGAGCCGGCUAUCUUUGACUCACUUGAUUCGUGGCCCAGUGGCGAGCUUAUCACAGCCCCAAAGUGCGAAAUUCCUCAAAUCAUACCAGACUCAACGUCCACGUCGUAUCUUCCUGGUUCGCCCUGCUCAGAUGUUGACAUAUCUUCCUGGUCCGACAACUUUUGGGAGCCGAAUCCUGAACUGGAACCGUGGCCCCUGGUGGACCUCGAACAGGGCUCUAGCGGUUACCACUUUCAGACACCGACGAGUUUCGUCGGCUUUGGCGGCCUGGUACACUUUCCCGUCCUUCAAGAAUCAGGCAAACGAUGUUACACGGCACAAAAAGCGUCGUCGACGACAAAACAGCAGUAUGAUUGCAACUGGCCACGAUGUAGAAAGUCAAGUCCGUUUGACAGUGCCGAACAUUGGAAAAGCCAUAUGAAGGAACAUUCUCGGAACAUUCAAGAUGAGUGGACGCAAGGCUCGCCUUGUACUUGGUACGGAUGUCCGUCGAAAGCCCGACAUCGGACAAAGAAGCUUCUUGAAGACCAUAUCAACAAUAUACAUAUCAAUCCCCUAGUAUGUGUAGUAGAAGGCUGCCGACAUAAAACUCCAUUUCGAGGGAAAGCGGAUCUUCAACGCCAUAUAAACUCAGUCCAUAUCGAAUGCACAAAGAUUAAAUGCCCCUUUCCAAGUUGUACGACCGAAAGAAGGGACUUCAGCAGGAAGGACAAAUUGAUGAACCAUCUGCGGGACAUUCACGACACUGACCCUUGUCCGUUUGUACCACACUGCAUGGUGAAACUGAAUCCUGAGCUCGACAGCACGGCCAAGCACAUCGGCAAGCAACAUGGAGAGUUCGAAUGCGCUCUUGGAUCAUGUAAGAAAUUUGCAUCGCAAUUCUGUGAGAGCGGAUUUCUGGAUCAUCUGCAACUCGACCAUAAAAUGGCCUGGUCGAUGGUUCUGAAGGCCAGAGACAUCGCGAAGCAGAGUGGGAACAAGGCGUUGAGAGACGAGCAUGUAAUGUGCGAAGAGGUUUAUGAUUGCAGUAUAUGCUGUGGAUUAGAUUAGCCUUGAGCAGUAUAGAAACAUAGUGGACAAGAAUGUAUAGACAAGGACGUCGGUUGAAGUUGUAAUUGUAAUAACCAUUAUGGCCCAGAUCAUUCUAAUUCCGGUUGCCCAAUUGAGCCUUUGCUGUUGGCCAACAUGCCGCAACCAUAUGACCGAAUGCCAUACAAACAAAUCGGGC